AUCGCCGCCGGAAGUGGGUGGCAGCAAAGCCGCAGAGACUCCUCUCUCCGGAAGGCGAGCGUUGGUCCGUAGCGGCUGUAGCCCUCCGCCCCACGGCGCUCCUGUCUGAGGAAGAGCUCCGCAGCCGCUGCCUUUGCAGCUCCGAGCCUGUACCUUCGGCCUCCCUGACCGCACAGCGGUGCGGCCUAGCCGGCGGAGUCCCCGCAAGCCCCGGCCCCUCCCUCCCUCCCUGCGCGCUGCAGUUAGGCCGCGCCCCGAGGCCCAGUCCGCGGCAGCUCCGGCGGGUGAUGCCAAAUACAGCCAUGAAGAAAAAGGUGCUGUUGAUGGGGAAGAGCGGGUCGGGGAAGACCAGCAUGAGGUCGAUUAUCUUCGCAAAUUACAUCGCUCGCGACACCCGGCGCCUGGGUGCCACCAUUGAUGUGGAGCACUCCCACGUCCGUUUUCUGGGCAACCUGGUGCUGAACCUGUGGGACUGUGGCGGUCAGGACACCUUCAUGGAAAAUUACUUCACCAGCCAGCGAGACAACAUCUUCCGUAACGUCGAGGUUCUGAUUUACGUGUUCGACGUGGAGAGCCGCGAACUGGAGAAGGACAUGCAUUAUUACCAGUCGUGUCUGGAGGCCAUCCUCCAGAACUCUCCUGAUGCCAAAAUCUUCUGCCUGGUGCACAAAAUGGAUCUGGUUCAGGAGGAUCAGCGUGACCUGAUUUUUAAAGAGCGAGAGGAAGACCUGAGGCGUUUGUCUCGCCCGCUGGAGUGCGCUUGUUUUCGAACAUCCAUCUGGGAUGAAACGCUCUACAAAGCCUGGUCCAGUAUUGUCUAUCAGUUGAUUCCCAAUGUGCAGCAGCUGGAGAUGAACCUCAGCAAUUUUGCCCAAAUUAUCGAGGCCGACGAAGUUCUGCUGUUCGAGAGAGCGACGUUCUUGGUCAUUUCCCAUUACCAGUGCAAAGAGCAGCGCGACGUCCACCGGUUCGAGAAGAUCAGCAACAUUAUUAAGCAGUUCAAGCUGAGCUGCAGUAAAUUGGCCGCUUCUUUCCAGAGCAUGGAAGUAAGGAAUUCUAACUUCGCUGCUUUCAUCGACAUCUUCACAUCAAACACGUACGUGAUGGUGGUUAUGUCAGAUCCGUCCAUCCCUUCUGCAGCUACUCUGAUCAACAUUCGCAAUGCCAGGAAACACUUUGAGAAGCUGGAGAGAGUGGAUGGUCCCAAGCACAGCCUCCUUAUGCGUUGAAUAUUGCCAAAUGCGCUUUCUGAAAAUGCUGAAUUGCCUCCUCCCACCCCCCGCAUCUUUUUUUCUUAAUAUUCAUAAUGUCGUGUGCUUAAAAGUGGGCUUUGAAAUGUGUGCUGCUUACUACUUCCAUCUCUCUCUUCCCUGCUCCCCAGUCCUUAAGCCUUGGACGCUAUUUACUCAGCUAUCCAGUAGAGCUUCAAGAUGGCCUUUCUGAAAAGUUGGUAUGGUGUAACACUAAAGUAGGUGGUGUGUGUGUGUGUGUGUGUGUGUGUGUGUGUAUGUGUGUUCUGAAUACCUGGUUAUAAUAGAUAUACACAUCAAAGCUUUUACAGUAUCUUCCUGUAUUGCUUACCAGAUUGCAAAGAUGGAAUGUUAUUUUAUCAGCAAGGUAUUAAAAUACAUUUAUAAAUUCUUGGCUUCAAUCAUGAAUAAACAUUUGCUGUUAGCAAUUUAAAAUAUGGUCUUAUUUGAAAUAACUUGAAGGUGGUUAAUAAUAAAUCUAUAGAUUCUGAUUACCUACAA